UUCAUUCAGACAGAAUCAUGAGGGUUGGAGCCGCUGCUGUGCUUCUGUGUGUGCUGACAGUCCGCUCGACCAGCGCCGUGUUUCUCAGUAAAGAUGAGGCCACUGCCGUUCUCCAGCGCUUUAGGCGUGCAAACUCCGGCUUUCUGGAGGAGAUGAAGGCUGGAAACCUGGAGCGCGAGUGUGUGGAGGAGAUCUGCGACUAUGAGGAGGCACGCGAGGUGUUCGAGGACGACGACAGGACGAAACAGUUCUGGUUGAGUUACUCCAACAAGGAGCCCUGCUUGACCAACCCGUGCAGGAACAACGGCACAUGCAUCUAUCUGGCCGACAGCUACUACUGCCUGUGUGCUGAGGGCUUUGAGGGCAAAUACUGUGAAAAAGGCCUGGAGGAGACCCUGAAGUGUCAGUAUGUGAAUGGAGGCUGUGAGCAGUUCUGUGAUGGCUCCGGGGCCCGCCGCUCAUGCAGCUGUGCGGAGGGAUACACUCUGGCAGACGACGGGACGUCCUGCGUCUCUCAGGCUGAAUAUCCGUGUGGAAAGAUUCCUCUGCAGAAAAACACUUCUCAGAAUCAGUUUCUGGGUGGAAUUCACUGUCCCAGAGGUCACUGUCCAUGGCAGGUGCUGAUUGACUAUAAUGGCGAGGGUGUAUGCGGGGGGGCUCUGCUAGAGGGACCCUGGCUGAUCACUGCAGCUCACUGUGUUUAUCAGAAGGACACCAGGCUCCUUAAGGCCAUCACAGGUGAGCAUGACCUGGAUGUUCUGGAUGGUUCAGAGGAGGCGUAUGAAGUGUCUGCUGUGUUCAUACAUCCCAAUUAUGACCCCGAGUCUCUGGACAGCGAUCUGGCCCUCCUGCGGCUCCGUGUGCCCGUGCAGAGAUCCACAUACGCUGUGCCCAUCUGUCUGCCCACCCCGCAGCUGGCACACAGUGAGCUCUGGGCUGCCCGCUUCCACAUGCUCAGCGGAUGGGGCGCUCGCACCGCUGGACACAACAUCCGGCGGGAAAAGGGUCUUAAAGGGCCGGCGUCCGGGACCCUGCAGCGGCUGGCGGUCCCUCUGCUGCCCACUGCGCAGUGUGGCACAGCUAACACCACUGCUAAUAUGUUCUGCGCGGGCUACACCAAGGGCGACCGUGCAUCCUGCAGAGGACAUGACGGCAGCCCUCUGGUCACCCGCUAUGGGCAAACAUCCUUCCUCACCGGCGUGGUGUCCUGGGGCAGAGGCUGCGGACCACCUGGAUACUACUGGGUCUACACUAAAGUGGAGAACUUCCUGAUCUGGAUGGACACGGUUAUGAAGACACACACUGAGGAUAAGAGCGAGCAGAGCGCUAAUGUAGCCACUAAAUACUGAUGAUUUGGUCCUAAAACAGAGUGAAAUGGCUGUGAUUUCUUUGUGAUGAGGUUUGCUUUAACAGGCAAAUGGACCAUCAUCAAAUAUGAGUUAUGUUGAAGUAAACAGUUCUCAAACUCUGCUCAUAUCAGCCCUCAUUCUGGAUGGAUAAAAACAUAUUUAAAUAUAAUGAAUCAAUAUAUAAAUCUACAUAUUUUGAGUCCACAAUGAGUGUGAACAGUCUUCCUAAAGGUUCAUCAAUCUUCACUGUUGAUGUGGUCCAAAAACUGCCAUAAUGUCUGUCUAGUGAUUCGGUUUGCUUUGCUCUUGAUGAAAGCGUCGGUGCUGAUUGGUAGACAGUGAAAUAAAUCCCUCUGAGUGUG